GCAGACGCACUGUGCAGUACGUCAUUACAAAGGUUGCAUGACAUCACUACUUUAAGUGUACACAUAUGGGCUGAUGUCCUGUCGGCUGCCGCUCAGUGACUUCUUGUUUCCUUUUUACAGUAUAGUCGUUAACUGUUCGUAGAGAUGUUCAAUAAAUGAAAAAUGUUGUAAAUUUAGAAUGAAUGAAUUGGAAGAACGACUACUAUAUAGCGCACGUCAUGGUGAACACGAGGUUGUCAAAGAAUUAUUAGAUCUGCAGAAAGAUGGCUCCAUAGACCUGAAUAUCAAUUGUAAAGGUCGGUCUAAAGCUAACAAUGGCUGGAGUGCAUUGCAUCUUUCGUGUUACUUCGGACAUAAAGAAGUUGUACAUUUACUGUUGAAGUAUGGUGUUGAUGUUAAUAUCGUCAAUCAGGUCGGCGACACACCAUUACACCGAGCAGCGUAUACAGGUAGAACGGAAUUGGUUCUGUUGUUAAUCCAGUAUAAUGCAGACGUGGCUGUAAUUAAUGGCGAAGGACACACGCCGAAAAAUGUUACACAUGUUGCUGAAGUCAAAAGAUUAUUGGAAGCUGCUGAAAAAUCUCAACAAAGAAAGACAGAAGAGGAAUUACUCGAUGCUGCAAGAGAUGGUGACAUUAAUACUUUGACAGUAUUGUUAAAAAGUAGCUGCCCUCCUAACAUACAGUGUACUGAUGUAAUGGGAAAUGGACCCUUGCAUUGUGCUGCUUACAGAGGACACAACGAGGUAGCCGUGGUGCUAUUGCAGAAUGGCAUUGAUCCAAUGCUGCAAAAUAACAAUGGACAGACUGCACUGGACCUUGCAAGAUCUCAGAGCAUGAGACAGUUGUUGGAUGUGAAACCUAUUAAGGCAAUACAGAAAGAUGUUGUGCGCUUUGAAGGCGACUUACUAAAGAGAUCACGGCUAUUUGGAUGGAGACAGUACUGGGUGGUAUUGGACAAAGGUGUAUUGUCUUUCUUUUACAAGAGAGCUGAUUCUACCUCAGGAGUUAAACGACAAGGAUUUCAAUAUUUAGCCUUAGGAACUGUCAUUCCCAAACCAGAUAAUGAGUACAUAUUCAGUAUAAGAUAUUCUGAUCACACUUUACAUAACUGGAUGGUUGGUCAUGCUGAUUCUUCACAAAUAAGUAGACAGAAAUGGAUUAAUGCAAUUGAAAGCCAUAUUGAGUACAGUAAUCACUAUACAACACAGUCCUAUAUGGAGGAUGAGGAAGACAUUGAAGAUGAUUUAGUGCCUUUAGGAUCAAUGCAAGAUGCUUUGCAGAAUGCCAAAGCACAUCAACAAGUACUAGAAAGACAAGUAGAUGGACUUACAUCUUUGUUAAAUAAUCUUGUAGAAGAAAAGAAUGCAGUGAAACAAGGGUCUUACUCUAUGCUGAACAUGAAACCCAAACUAUUUCAAAUGGUGGAAAGUUCAAGAGCGAUGAAUACUGCAUUGUCGCAUUGUCUUUCUUUGAUGACACAACAAGAAGAGGUGCGUAAAGUCCAACUACAACAAGAAGCAGAAAAGUGCAGAGUACUACAAGACGCAUUGCAUAUACUUGCCACAGAGCAUCACGAACUUCAGCGAUCAAUUUCCCCUACUUUUUCCGUGACGAGUUCCCACUACGUAGACGCAAUCAGUGAUGAUGAGUUCUUUGAUGCUGCUGAGUUGAGUGAUAGCAGUAGUCAUGGUGACAUAAUGGAAGAGGACUUUAGUACUUUAGAUUCAUUUCAUAGUUUGCGAAUUUCAGAAGGGGAAUCUUCCCACUCACCGACAAAAUCACCGCCAAGAGAAAUGAACGAUAAUUCAGAAAAUGGAGCGGUUGCUACCUGUGUGGGGGCACAUAGUGGAUAUCGAACCAGAUUACCUGUACCAAUGUUCAACAAGGAUCACUUUAGUUUGUGGACUAUAUUGAAACAAUGUAUAGGAAAGGAGUUGUCUAAAAUCACCAUGCCAGUUGUAUUUAAUGAACCACUCACAUUUCUGCAGAGGAUGUGCGAGUACCUAGAACAUAUACAUUUACUUGAUAAAGCUGAUGCCUGCCAAGAUCCAAUUAAAAGAUUAGAGUAUGUAGCUGCAUUUGCCACUGUGGCAUGUGCUUCAAAUUUAGACAGGGUGCAAAAACCAUUUAACCCCUUACUUGGAGAAACAUAUGAAUUUGUCAGGAAAGACAUGGGCUUUCGGUUGAUUGCAGAACAAGUCAGUCAUCAUCCUCCUGUUAGCGCUUUCUACGCUGAUUCACCCAACUGGAAUUUCCAUGGUUCUGUGCACCCAAAGCUUAAAUUCUGGGGCAAAAGUGUUGAAAUACAGCCUAAGGGAUUAAUAUCAGUUGAAUUGACGAGGCAUGGCGAAGUUUACACAUGGCAAAAUGUCAACAACUGUGUUCAUAACAUCAUUGUUGGAAAGCUAUGGUUUGAACAGUAUGGGCAGAUGGAGGUGACCAACCACAAGACUGGAGACCGAGCUGUUAUCAACUUUAAACCGAGUGGAUGGUUUGGGAGAGAGCUGCAUCGAGUUGAUGGCUAUAUUAUAGAUCGCAAGAAACAAAAGAAACUUGUGUUAUUUGGAAAGUGGACAGACUAUCUUUAUUCAAUUGACACGGGCACCUACGACAGGAUAAAGAAACAUGAAAAAGAAGAAAGGAGAAGCCGGAGUCAUCGACGAGGACAUGCUGCCCAAGCUAAAAAAGAAACACCAUCUGUUGAUAAGUCUUCAAGUGAAAGCAUCGGAGAUGAGCAUGGAGCAUUCUGCGCAGGACUUUUCAGUCAUAAUCAGUCAUCCACAGAUGAUGAAACGGACAGCUCAAUGUCCACUGACAAUCAUUUCCACACAUUGCUGAGUGAUAACCCAGAGUCUCACUUUCUAUGGAGAGUACCACCAAGACCGGAAGACUCUGUACAGUAUUACAAUUUCACAUAUUUUGCAAUGAGUUUGAAUGAACUGAAAGACGAUAUAAAAAAAGGACUUCCAACCACUGAUUCCAGACUCAGACCUGAUCUCCGAAUGCUUGAAAAUGGAGACAUUGAUGGUGCAUCAUCCGAGAAACAUCGACUAGAAGAAAAACAGCGAGCAGCCCGAAAGAUUCGGCACAAGAACAAAGAAACCUGGGUGCCAAAAUGGUUUACCCAAGGUGUCAGUCCUGAAACAGGCUCUACAGACUGGAUCUAUAAUGGGAAAUAUUGGGAUAAAGACUAUUCUACAUGCCCUGAUAUAUUCUAAAUUACACUCGCAGUUAAGCUGAUUGGUUGAAUAUUAUGUAUGAUGAAUCCUUAUUGGCCAACCUUUUGAAGUUUGAAACAAUGAAGCUCAUUGGUUGAAUAUUAUCAAUAGUGAAUCCUGAUUGAUCAACCUUUUAAAGUUUGAAACUCAGACACAAUGUGAUUAGCUUGGUUCUGCAGUUUGUAAAGUGAUUUUUUUUUUAUGUACAUUAUGUUAAUUUAUAAACAAUUUAAAUAAUUUAGUUGCCAAUACUCUUAAUACUCAAUUCAAUAUCGUUUUAAUCUUGAUGGCUUCACAUAGUUUUUAGUUUCAAUAAGUUGAAUUACGUGAAAGUUCUAGAUGGGUUGGACGAUAGGUGUAUAAUUUCAACAUGGCCAUUUUUUGUUGAAAUUCAGAUGCAAAGUUAUCAAUUAGAUUGAAAAUGUUUGGAAAUAAAACAACCAAGGCAAUUGUCUGUAUGUGUGUCAGAGAGGAAAAUUAUUUUACAGAUAUAAGUUGUUUUAUUAUUAUUCCAGUUGCUGCUGGUAUAUUUUGCGAUGACCAAUUGUAUGUGCACCAGUAGAGUUCAGUUGUCAUAAAACUCAGGAAGAUAUUCUCAUGCUUUAUAUAAUGCCUAUUUGAAUCUAUCAGCAGUGUUUAGCAUAUUACUGUUUGCACACCUUGUUAUCAACCAAUCAAAGGUAAAGAAUUAAAUUUUCUCUUUAAAAUUAAUAUCAAUUAUGGUAAUUUUUCUCUAAAAAAAAAAAAGACCUGAGCUUUCUCUAAAAUAGACGUUUGAAACGAACGAGAUUUCGAUGUGAGAGACGUAUUUUUGCCCCCCUAAUUAUGUUCCAUUUUCACCUGUCAUUUCAUCCACAAGAGAAUGGAAUGCACUCUAGGAAUAAAACAUGUCUUGUGGUUAUCUCAAUUACCAGUGAUCUCAUUGGCUUUUUGCAUCGGAAAAUUCUGUAUGGCGGAUUUAAAAGCAAGACGCACAAAGAAUUAUUUUUUGUUGCAUGAAAUGUAGGUUGUAACGGGUUUUCUGAUUGGUCAUUUUUGCCUACUUUGUAGAUUUUGUUUCUAAAUUAACCAAUGGAUCAAAGGAAUAUAUCUCUGUACACUAAUUAUUUUCUAUGCAGUAGGCUUCUCCAC